UUUGGUACAGCCCCCGUCGCAGCAUUUUGACGAGAACGCAGGUUUUUCGUGUGGUUUCUCCGAAACGAACACCAGAAUGCAUGUCUCGCACGGCGACUUCUGCCCACCGCCCCAGACCAAAAAUGGGCCCGACGCGCCACCACUGCGGCGUGACGUAGGAAAGUUGAGUUCGUGUAUAACAACGCAAACUGCAAUUACGUAACUUUCAUGUUUUUUUUAGAAAAAUCUCUAGUUCAACAAAAAACACACUGUAUAUUUAGUGAAUGCAAUGUCAGUGUGAAGAACUGCUUUCUAUUUGUCUCUCACCAAUGAUGUUUAUGUUAACAGUGCCCGAACAAAGGCUGGAAAAUGUCCAUCCGGUGGUGGAACCGAAGCUGUUUGAAGUGAUUGAUGGCCAGGUGCACCUUAGCCCAGGUGUCUCCAUACCGGAGCCAAAAUUCAACUUGGCGCUAUUGGCCAAAACUGACUCAAAAUGUGUUAUUGGAGUGUCCCGGUCCCUCUGGACAGAUGAUGAACUGGCGUCAAGAAGCGUCACCGGAACAGCUUGUCGGAACAAGCCAGGCUCCAAGGCCAAAAAAGAAGCGACGCCUGCGAAGAUGGAGGCACUGAGGAAUGUGCUGGGGAGGUACGUCUCACUGCAUCCAAGGGCCAAUGAGGUGGACGUCGUGAGGGUCGCUGCCUUAAAUGAUUUAAUGACGAACUACCUGACAGACUGUGGCCGCAGGGCCAAAAAGCGGUUAAACCUGCUGGCUGCGAGGGAGGCCAUGUCUGCAAAGGAGGCCACGUCUGCGGAGGAGGCCACGUCUGCAUGAAUCUUUUUUUUUUUAACCUGGAAUUUGUGAGAUGUCUUUUUUUUACUUUUGUUUAGCAGAAAUAAAAACCUA